AUGUCUCCCACGUAUCCGGUCUUUGGGCCGUUUGAACGUACCGACGUCGCCCAAGUACUGGCGCACUGGCGCGCCAUUCUCGGCGUGACCAUGGUCAUCCUGGUCGUCCGAUUUGUGGUGCCCAUGUUUUUCCGGGACCAUUUUGGGGCAUGGCGCAAUUAUCCUGGUCCAAAGGCAUCACACUGGUUCUGGGGCAACCAGAGCGAGAUCCUCGAUUCGUCGCCGCAGGAAUGCCAUGUCCGAUGGCUCGAUGAACACGGGCCCGUAGUACGCGUACACAAUGUCGGCGGGGGGGACAAACUCAUCAUCUCGGAUCCCACCGCGGCAAACUAUAUCCUUCUGCAUCCCGAUGCGUUCAUCAAGCCUGCCGGGCCAAAUCGGAUCCUAACCGACGCGCUGGAUAAAGGUCUAGUGACAGUCGAGGGACGGGAACAUCGGCGACAGAGGAGGGUUCUGAACCCGGCCUUUGGUUGGGUUCAGAUACAGGGUCUGGCUCCAAUGAUCAUGGACAAGGUGGCCGAGAUGCGCGACAAGUUUGCCCGCCUCGUCGAAGAAGAGACGGCUGGCACGGGAAAGGUCGGGAAGAGGAUGGAUGUUCUUCAUCAUAUGAGCGAGACGGCGCUCGACAUUAUUGGCGAGGCUGGGUUCGGGUACGAUUUCAACGCUAUUGGCGACGGUAACUCGCCCCUCCGAAAUGCGUAUACUAGCGCUAUUCAGGCCGCAUUCAAGUUUGAUCCAUGGGUCAUGCUCACAGUCAUGGAUGCGCGGUUUGGAGCUAUCCCGACCAAGCGGACGCGGACGAUGCAUAAGGCACGGUCACAGGCGCAGGUCAUCGGGCGCCAGAUUGUCGCCGAGAAGAAGAGACAGGUUAUCGAUUACCAUAAUGACCUGGACAAGAGUUCGCUCGGCAAGGACGUGUUGAGCCUCAUGAUCCGCGCCAACCUCGAUCCCUCUCUGCGUGCCGACCAACGCUUGACUGACCACGAGGUCGUCGCCCAGAUCGCCACCAUCCUGUUUGCGGGACACGAGACGACAAGCACAGCCCUCAUGUGGUGUUUGUACCACCUCUCUCUGAACCAGGACAUCCAGCAACGUCUCCGUGAGGAACUGCUUGACGUUCCCGACGAGAGACCAGACUUCGAUACCCUCAUGGCCCUCCCCUAUCUCGACAAGGUAGUCCACGAGUCACUGCGCCUCGAAUCCCCCGUACCCAACAUCGGCCGCGUAGCCACACAGGACGGCGUCAUCCCCCUCUCCACGCCAGUUACAGGCCGUGACGGGCGCUCAAUUGAAUCCAUCACCAUCAAGAAGGGCGACGUCCUCGAGGUCCCCCUCACAUACAUGAACACACUUGCUGCAGUGUGGGGACCCGACGCGCGCGAGUUCAACCCCGACCGCCGGGACGCCGGGUUCCCGACCAAGCCCCUCCCCGGUGUGUGGGGUGGGAUUAUGAGCUUUAUCGGCGGGCCACGCAACUGUAUCGGACACCGGCUGACGGUGCUCGAGAUGAAGGCCGUCUUGUUCGCGCUCCUCCGCAGCUUUGUGUUCGAGCAGCUUCCCGAGCCACCCAAGCUCAAGCGCACGUACAUGGUUAUCCAGCGGGCUAUGGUAGUUGGCGAGGAGGAGUAUGGGCCGCAGAUGCCGCUGCUUGUGCGCCCGUACGUCGAGACAUAG